AAGCUCUUCCCUAUCCCCUUAUAUCUUCUUACUACUAUUCCUAUUUCUUAAGCGAACCCGCCCGCCAUCCACUCAACUGGCAUCGAUUGGAACACCACCGGCUACAAAGCAUAAACUCUUCUCUUUCCGAUCUGGGUGUCUUAAACACAGUCCUUAAUUUCCUAGCUUAAUCAUGUACUCAUCAAACUCAUCUUCUUAUGACAAAUUCUCCACUUCGCAGCCACCAGUCUUCAGUCAAGAUACAUCAACAACUGGGAUUCCAGUUAGUUCAACAAGCCAGUUCUACAGUACUGAUGAUUCUAGAUCUUCUAUUGAACUCCGAUCCAAGAGUAAGGGUCCCUGGUCAACUGGGUUAUGUGAGUGCUUCGAUGAUUGGCGAAACUGUUGUAUAACUUUUUGGUGCCCCUGCAUCACUUUUGGACAAAUUGCUGAAAUUGUCGAUAAGGGAUCUUCAUCCUGUGGGGUAAAUGGAGCACUUUACGCACUGAUUUCAUGUGUCACUUGCUGUCCGUGCUGCUACUCGUGCUUCUAUCGUGCAAAAAUGAGGCAGCAAUACUUGUUGAGGGAAACUCCCUGCGGGGACUGCUUGGUUCAUUGCUGCUGUGAGUAUUGUUCUUUGUGUCAGGAAUAUCGUGAGCUCAAAAGUCGUGGAUAUGACUUGGCCAUGGGAUGGCAUGGCAAUGUGGAGAAGAAGAAUCGCAGCGUAGAGAUGGCUUCAGUGCCACCGACUGUUGAAGAAGGCAUGAGCCGAUAGGGAGCUUUUGUGUAAAACAGAGUGAUGUAUUAAUUAUUAUUAUUAUUAGCUCACGUCGUUUCCAUUGUGACUGCUUUGUUAAUAAUUCCUCGUCUGUGUUGUAGACUUGUGGUGGUAUAAGAAUUGUAGUAUCGGAUCCUCUAUGAUGAUAUUCAUCUAAAUCUCAUUGUUAAUCUUGAA